AACAUUCAUUUCUAGAGAAGAAAAAAGCCUUAGCCAUGGCCAAGUCCAAAACCAAUGAGAGGAAGAACAGUAUAGUGCAACUCAAGCAUGUGGUAGAGAAGUUACAAAAGAGUCUCUAUCUAUCAAAGAGGUCUGUGGCUAUCGGCCACAACCACCACCGAGAAGAAAUAGAUGAAGUUGGGGUCCACAGGACGAUCCCAGAGGACGUGAAGGAGGGACAUUUUGCAGUCCUGGCGGUCGACGAUGGACGGUCCAAGAGGUUUGUCAUUGCGUUGAGAUAUCUCAACCAUCCACAGUUCCUGAGGCUGCUGGAACAGGCAGCAGAGGAGUUUGGCUUCAAUCAGGAGGGUGCACUGGCGAUCCCGUGCCGGCCGAGCGAGCUGGAGAGAAUCCUGGCCGAGCAUUGGAUGGAAGAGAGAGAUGGUAAUGGUGGGGAUGGGUGGGAUGGUUACAAAACCAUUGUGGAGAGUUGCUAAAGGAAAGAAAAUUUCUCUAUGUUUAUAUUCAACCCCUGCAUCCUUACCUAUUAAUUUAUCAUGUACAGGAGCAUAUGAAACGAAGGAUGUGUGAUCUUAUUUCCUAGAAAAUGUAUUUGUGUGUACGUCUGUAGUUCAUUAUUACUGGAUCUUCAGAUCAAACACCCAUUCAUGUGGGAAACGGAUUGGCUACUCCCCCUGCCACCAGCCAAUGGCUGGUGGUCGGUGUACUGUGGGCCCUACCAUGAUCUGUGUGUUUCAUCCAUGCCGUCCAUAUCUAUUUUUCUGGAUCAUUUUAUGGUAUGAGACCAAACUUGUGGUAUAUCCAAAUCUCAGGUAGACCACAUUACAGGAAACAGUGUUGAAUGAACCUCGACCAUUAAAAACAUUUUGGGGGCUAUAAAAGGUUUGGAUCAAGCUGAUCUUUAUUUUUUCCCUUCAUCUGGGUCUGUAUGACCUAAUCAACGGAUUGAAUGUCAAAUAAACAGUACAAUGGGCCUCAGGAGGAUUUUAAUGGUGUAUAUCCAAUCACUAUUGUUUUCCUGUAGUGUGUUCCACCUGAAUGGUAUAAAUCUGACACAUACAUCAUUAUGGCCCCCAUUGAUGUUCCGCAUGUCAACACUUCCUGUGUUGAACCACAGAACCAG